AUGGUUCGCACUUUACUACUUGCUCCUUUAGCCGCCGCCGUAGCGUCCGCUGCAACUUUGACCGAGCGUCAAUCCAAUACUUGUGCCUGCGGGUAUAAGGAUUCUACUGGCGCAGUAUGGCGGGAGUCUAUUGUCUCCGAUUUUACGGCUGGCGCAGAAUCUGUCUUGAGCCAGAACUACUAUAAAUUCACAUGGCAAGAAGACCAUGCAAACGUUCCGUACGGAAUGCAAUACACCGCCAACAACGUAUACGCGUACAACGAUGGUCUAGGAAUCAAGACCUCCGCGUACUCUGGCAGUGGGCGAGUUCAAGUCGGUGGAAUUGGCACCACACGUGAAGAUAUUCUUUAUGGCACUUUCAGGAUGAGAGCUACGGUUCCCAAGGUACCUGGUGUGUGCUUCGGAUUCUUCACCUACAAGAGCGAUACUCAAGAAGCCGAUAUCGAAUUCUUGAGUUCGGACUCGGACUAUUACCAACGCGUACACCAAACCAACCAACCUGGAUUGAUCAACGGUAACACAGACCCUAACGCAUACAAGGCUGUCGUUAUCCCAGGUGCAGACUUUACAGCUUUCCAUGAGCACCGCCUCGAUUGGCUUCCUGGCUCUACCAAGUACUACUACGAUGGUUCCUUGAAAUCGACUGUUUCUAAGAACUCUCCUACCGUUGCUUCUUCUAUCCUUGCCAACGUUUGGUCCGAUGGUGGCUCUGGCUGGACCAAAGGCCCGCCAACUCAGGAUGCCAUCGCCAACAUCUACUACAUCAAGGCUUAUUUCAACUCGACGUCGCUCUCAGCUAGCCAGUUCAACUCGCGCUGCGCGGCUGCUUCUAACAAGACACCUUGCUCCAUUUGA